AUGAAAGUCCAUUGGGCUUACCCCAAUGUCCAUGCAUAUUAAUUGGUCAUGUUCCUAUGUGCUCAAUGAGAUACUCAAGUCACUAACUCAAGUCAGUAAUUCAUUGUAAAUGCUAAUUGAUAUUGUCAUCCACAGGUCAGACAUAUCCCAGUAAUGGGAAAGGCCCUGGAGGCCCACCACCUGAUGAUAGGGGACUACAGGGUCCUGGUCCAGAGGGGCCACCAGGAGCCCAGGGGCCCCCAGGACCACAGGGCCCUCCAGGGAUGCCAGGUCAAGGGAUGCCCGGCCCCCAUGGAAAACCAGGCCCUCCUGGUCCCCAAGGGUAUCCCGGGAUAGGGAAACCCGGAAUGCCGGGAAUGCCCGGUAAACCUGGUGGAGGCGGUCAGCCAGGUCCGAAGGGCGACUUUGGUCCUGGUGGUGAUGUAGGACCAAUGGGGAUGCCUGGGGGGCCAGGUCUUCCAGGGCCACCAGGCCUGCCAGGCAUCGGGAAGCCAGGGGGUCAGGGACUGCCAGGGCAGCCUGGGACUCGAGGGGAGCCUGGGCACAAGGGCAUACCUGGACUGCCUGGUCUUCCUGGGCCCAAGGGAGACAAAGGGAUUGGCUUGCCAGGAUUGCCAGGUUUGAAAGGACCUGGUGGACCACCUGGGCCUCCUGGUCAAGGGGGCCUGCCAGGGGUUGGAAAACCAGGUCUGAAUGGACUACCAGGAAUGCCCGGGGGGGCAGGAAAACCAGGCCCACCUGGAGAAGGAGGACUUGCUGGGCCACCAGGGGAAGGAGGGGAACCAGGACCACCUGGGCUACCAGGUAUUGGCAAACCCGGGCAAGACGGUUUGCCAGGACAACCAGGGUUCCCAGGCGGAAAAGGGGAAUCAGGUCCACCAGGUUUGCCAGGGGGCCCAGGCCUACCUGGUUAUGGAAAGCCAGGAUAUCCUGGACCAAAAGGAGACAAAGGACAUGGAGGUUUGCCUGGAGUUCCAGGCCCGAAAGGUGACAAAGGUCAUGGAGGUCUCCCAGGACAGGAAGGCCUUCCUGGACCCAACGGGCCACCCGGCCCGCCCGGUCCCAUUGGGCCACCUGGGGGUCUUGGUUUCCCAGGUCCGAAGGGGGAAGGUGGCAAUGGAGGGCCAAAGGGGCUGCCAGGUCCUAAAGGUGAGCCAGGGCCUUCAGGGCUUCCUGGACAGGGUGGGUAUCCUGGAGAGGGUGGCCAACCAGGACCGAGAGGUAUACCAGGGCCACUGGGUCCGAAAGGGGAUAACGGCCACAAAGGGUUACCUGGCCUCCCUGGAGCUCCUGGAAUGCCCGGUCCGAGGGGAGAAGGUGGAAUUCCCGGAGAAAAAGGUCACCAGGGACCCAAGGGAAUCCCAGGAAAUUUUGGUCCAGGUGGACCACUUGGUCCUCCCGGUCUUCCCGGGCCAAAAGGCGAGCUUGGUCCACCAGGGAAACCUGGCUACCCCGGCGUAGGUAAACCUGGUGUUCCAGGCCAUUUAGGGCCCCAAGGGAAACCUGGCAAUGGUGGACCCCCUGGUCAGCCUGGACAACCAGGACAACCUGGUCCCCCUGGCCCACCCGGACCCCCCAUCCAACCCCCUGGUCUUGGUGAAAUCCUUCCUGAGAUGGGUCCUGGUCUGGAUGGUCUUAAACAAGGCAGUUACAAGAAACCAAAGAAUGGAGGAGACAGGAACGGCCUGGAGAUGCCAGCAUUCACGGCUCAGCUCACCAAUCCUUUUCCCCCCGUAGGCUCCCCUGUUGUCUUCGACAAGCUCCUGUACAACGGCCAUCAGGACUACAACCCUCAAACCGGCGUCUUCAGCUGUACCAUACCGGGAAUCUAUUACUUUGCUUACCACGUCCACUGCAAAGGAGCGAAUGUGUGGGUGGCACUGGUCAAGAACAAUGAGCCAGUGAUGUACACAUAUGAUGAGUACAAAAAGGGCAUCCUGGACCAGGCGUCAGGGAGUGCUGUGCUCCCCUUACAGCAAGGAGACACUGUGCAUAUACAGCUUCCAUCUGACCAGGCAGCAGGACUUUAUGCCGGUCAAUAUGUCCACUCUUCAUUCUCCGGAUAUUUAUUGUACCCAAUGUAAAAAAUCAUCAUCAACAACAACAAAAGGGCAUCCACACCACAACACACUACAUAGCUGUUUUAUUAGUGUUCAUUUUAAACUUUUGAACUCAAUAGUGACACAUGAUGACAAUGGUGAAAACUACUACUCGGCUCAGAAGUAUCCAAUGAAUGUGUGAGUGCUAUAUGCUAUAGUAUGUUUAUGCGGUUGUAUUGCAGUAUUACAUGGGUGCAAAAAAACAUAAAUCAAUCUCGCUGCAACACAUUUUAUUUACCCCAGAAAUUAAUUCGGCAAAACCCUCAGAUAAAUGUACAGUUGAAGUCGGAAGUU